AUGUCUGGGGACUAUCUUAAGAUCCCUAGUGAAUCCAGUGCAAAGCUUUGGGGGAGGGGGUUGCAGUUGGAGGGCGAAGCCACAAGUAGUCAAAAAGCUAUGACCCCCAUUGCCAGGUGGAUAGCGGCUUAUUUGGAAGAAAUGUCCAAGGAGCAGGAAAGACCUUACCCUGCAACAGAAUGUGAGGACUUAGUAAGAGCAAAGGAAUGGAGGCAAGAAAUCAUCGAUGAAAUCUCCAGGAAGAUGGAGCAGAUUCAGAAUGCUGGUCUUGGAGAAUUCAAACUGAUAGAUCUGAACGAUCAGAUUAACAUACUUCUACUUGAGAAGGGAGAAUGGGAUGAACAGAUCAAGAUCCUUGGGGGUCCUGAUUACAAGGAAAUUGGACCCAAGAUGAUGAAACUUGAGUGGAAAGAAGUUCCCGGAAACGAAAGAUAUAAAUAUUUUGGUGCCACUAAAGAUCUCCCUGGCAUCAGGGAAUUAUUUCAACAAGAAGCACCCCCUCCUCUCAAGAAGAGACUACUCAGGCUGACGAACGAUGUAGAUGAUGAUUGCUAUGGUUGUAAGGAUGAAGGCGAUGGUCUCAUUGUUGCUAAGGAAGAGGAGAUGGAGGAGAGAGGUAAUACUAUAUAAGAGCUUGGUAUAUUAAAUGUUUAAAGAUAUACAACAAG